AUGGCACCUUCGAGGGCCUUGUAUGGUCGGAAGUGUAGAUCCCCCGUAUGUUGGGAAGAAGUUGGUGAACGGAAGUUAGCAGGAUCGGAAUUGGUUCAGAUCACUUCAGAAAAGAUUCCGGUUAUUCGCGAGCGACUGAAGACAGCUUUUAGUAGGCAGAAAAGUUAUGCGGAUCCAAAGCGGAAGCACGUGGAAUUCAGUGUUGGGGAAUAUGUAUUCUUGAAGGUGUCUCCUAUGCGUGGUGUGUUGUGGUUUGGCAAGAAGGGCAAAUUGGCACCUCGUUAUGUGGGACCCUUUGAGAUUAUUGGCAGAAUUGGAGAUGUGGCAUACAAACUAGACUUGCCACCGAACUUCUCGCACGUGCAUCCGGUAUUCCACAUAUCGAUGUUAAGAAAGUAUAUUUCAGACCCUUCGCAUGUGUUACAACCGCAAAAUGUGGGAGUUGGUGAAGAUUUGACUUACGAGGAGCAGCCAGUCAGGAUCGUGGAUACUCAAGUUCGCCAGCUGCGCUCUAAAAUUAUUCCGAUGGUCAAGGUUUUGUGGCGAAAUCUUUUGUCUGAAGAGUGUACCUGGGAAACCGACCCACCGCCUCCCCAUUCUCUGCCUCCGCAAGACCGCCAUUGUCGCAGCCCUGUCCUCCCCGCUUCCUUCCGCCGACGCCGACCAAAGGCUAGGGGGAGGUCGCCAUUGUCGGUUCGGCCUCCCCGCCAUGCGUUUCUUUCCGCAAACCGACGGCCGAAUCUGACUCCCAUCCCCAAAACCCCGGAAGCAACCCUCCUCCGCUUGAAAAUCCUUGCCGGCACUUUGGAAAGUGUCGCGUGA